GCAUUAAACUCGACCACACCAAACGACGGCCGGCCCAAAUUAAAAGACCGACCCGGCCCUUGCAACAACCACGCAAAUAGAUCCCACUCAUAUACACUCCAGUAGCUAGUAGUAGUCGACCCAUCUGCAUCUGUAUGUGUGCUUGCCCCCGGCCGGCCACCUUUCCGGCCGAUCCAUCAUCUAGAGCUAGCUCAUCAUCAGUCUUUGGCGUGUGUGUAUGUAUAUGGUGGUGACCAGCAGCUAGCUAUAGCAGCAGGGUGGUUGUUCUAUAGUUCGUUCCUAUGGUUAUGGCGGCGGCGGCGGCGGUACUGCUCGCGCUGGCCGCCGUGGCGACGGAGGUGGCCGCGGCAGGAACGACGUACACGGUGGGCGCGCCGGACGGGCUGUGGGACAUGCAGACCGACUACGCGCAGUGGGUGAAGAGCAAGACCUUCCGCCCCGGCGACACCAUCACGUUCACGUACUCGCCGGAGCUGCACGACGUGGUGGAGGUGACGAGGGCCGGCUACGAUGCCUGCUCCAGCGCCAACAACAUCUCCGCCUUCCGCACCGGCAACGACGCCGUGCCCCUCACCGCCGUCGGCACCCGCUACUUCCUCUGCGGCCUCACGGGCCACUGCGGCAACGGCAUGAAGAUCCGCGUCGACGUCGUCGCCGCCGCGGCCUCGCCGUCCGCGCCGGGCCCCGCCGCUGCCGCCGCGGCGCCGCCGACGACCUCGUCGCCCUGCAUCGUCGGAGUCGUCGCCGCCUCGCUACUGCUGCUUCUGCUGCACGCCGUCGUCAGCUACUAGCUUCGCCACGCGUCGCUUGAGUUUUGUUAUGUUUCGGCUGCGUGUGUGUUCGUCCAUGUUCCAUACAUAUACACACUACUGUUCUUUUUUCGCGCAUGCUAGCUAGCUAGUGAUUUGUAUACCCUCUCAACAAGCAUAAGCGCAGGAAAAGAGCGCAUCAACUGCAU